UUGAAAAUUGGUCAACCUCAAGCCUCCUUCUUUCCAAACCAGGUCACAAUCCCAACUUUUCUCUUUAUUAUCUCACUAUAUCUACUCUAAUUUCAUGUUUAACUUUGCUUUUAUCUUCUGCGAUUCAAUCUUUCUUACUGUUCCUUCUCUUCUGGCUCAUAUCAAAUUGGACAAGUUUCUUUCUUUAUGAUUUGUGGGUAAUAUGUUUGCUGAUAAAUUGAGAAAUUUGGAGUCCUUAUUGCUUUUCGAAAUCCUUUCAAAAUUUAGAGAUUGAAAAAAUUAGAUUUCUUUUAUGCUCAAAAUCAGCUGCUGAGGAGGUCAGUACAAUGGAAGAAGAGCCCUUUGAUGCUGGGUUGCAAAUUUCUAUGUCUUCAGAUGAUAUGGAAGAAGUCUUACAAUCAAAUCACCCGUCUAGUAUCAUUGAAGUCCCCAUUGUCAAUGGCCCCUCUAUGAUUGAUGUUUAUGAUGAAUUCCUCUCAUUAUCGACGAAAUUUUUUGAAAAUCGAGAAGACCUUGUCAGUGCUAUUCGUAAGAUUGGGUUGCUGCAGGGGUAUGUUAUGGUAAUCAAAAGAUCUAGAAGCAAUAGAGAUGUGGCUAUUGGUUGUGAUAGAGGUGGUUGUUAUCGAACCUGCUCUGCACUUGAGGAGAAGAAAAAGAAUUCAGCUUCUCGUUGGAUAGAUUGCCCUUUCAAAAUUGUGGGAAGAAGGACAGCUGAAGGGUUGUGGAAGGUCGAGAUAAGUGGCUUGUUACAUAACCAUGAGCCUUCCACUGACAUGGUUGGACAUCCAUAUUGUCGUCGGUUUACUAAAGAGGAAGCCUUACAAGUUGAACAAAUGAGUCGGGCUGGCAUAAAACCACGUCAAAUUCUCUCUUCGCUUCGACAAAGUAAUCCUGAUCUUCUAGCUGUUUCCAGAAAUAUAUAUAGCAAGACAGCUCAGUUUAGGAGGGAGAGUCUAGGUGGGCGUUCGAUUAUUCAAGCAUUAUUAGAUGAGCUUGGUGGUGUUGGUUUUUCUCAUAAUGUCAAAUAUGAUCACUCUGGUCAUUUGACUCAUCUAUUCUUUGCUCAUCCUACUUCCAUUGAGUUGACUAAAAGCUUCUCUAAUGUCUUUGUGAUGGAUUGUACUUAUAAGACAAAUAAGUACAAGAUGUCAUUACUUGAGAUUGUAGGAGUGUCGAGUUUCAACACAUCAUUCUAUUUGUGUUUUGUUUUCAUGCAAAAAGAGGAACAACAGGAUUAUCAGUGGGCUCUUGAAAUGUUCAGUAAGUUGUUGGGAGAUGGUAAUCAUCCAUUGGCGAUUAUAACUGAUAGAGAGUUGGCAUUAAUGAACGCAGUACAAGUUGUGUUUCCGAUGACUCCUAAUCUUUUAUGCAUAUGGCAUAUUGAAAAAAAAUAUUCUUGCACAUUGUAAGGGUCAGUUUAAUUAAGGAAGAUGCAGAUUGGGUUGGUUUUAUGUCUUCUUGGAGUACCCUUGUAAAGUCUUGGGACGUGUCAAUGUUUAUUGAAGCUUGGAACUGUUUUCAAAUUGAGUACAAAGACUAUGCUUCCGUUCUGACUUACAUUGGCAAUACUUGGCUUCCAUGGAAAGAGAGGUUUGUAUUUGCAUGGACCGGACAGAUUUCACACUUUGGUAAUAAUGUUACUUCUAGAGCAGAAGGUGCACAUGGAACCUUAAAGAAAUAUCUUCAAGUUUCUACUGGUGGUCUCCGUGAAGUGAAGGAAAAUAUUUGUCUUACUAUUCAAAAUCAGUUUCAAGAAAUUAGAACUCAACUUGCAAGUGAAAAGA